AUGAAAACCAAUGGCGUUGCCAAAGCAGCUCUUGCAGUUGGACUUUCAGCCACUGCCCUCGCUCAAACCUCCUGCGACAAAGUUCUUGUCCCAUCAUAUAACCUCCCUGUCGUUGCCGCUGGAUGGCAAGCCCAACUGAUCGCCGGCGAGUUGACCAAGCCCCGAAGCCUUCAGUUUGAUAGCUCGGGUGCUUUGCUGGUUGUUGAGAGCGGGAAGGGUAUCACUCAUCAUACGCUCAAAGACAAUGGAGGCACUUGUAUCUCUGUCUCUGAGUCCAAGACGCUCAUCGAUGAGAAGACGCUGAAUCACGGCAUUGCUCUCUCCAAAGAUGGCAAGACCCUCUACGCAUCUUCCGCCUCGGCCGUCUACGCCUGGGACUAUGACUCCAAAGCCGGCACCGUCAGCGGCAAGCGCGAAAUCGUCACCAACAUGAGCAACAACGACCUCGUCACCCGCACCCUCCUUCUCUCGCAAAAGGAAGACGGUUACCUGCUUGUCUCCCGCGGCAGCGCCGACGGCAACGAGGCACAAGCCGAGGUGCUCACCAACGGUCUCUCGCAGAUCCGCGCCUUCGACAUCUCCAAUAUGACCAGCUCCACCAAAGCCUACAACUACAAUGAAGACGGCAUCGUGCUCGGCUGGGGCCUGCGCAACUCCGUGGGGGUCGGCGAGCACCCCAUCACAGGCGGCAUCUACGCCGUGGAGAACUCCAUCGACGGCGUCACCCGCAACGGCAAGGACAUUCACGAGAACAACCCGGGCGAGGAGCUCAACUUCUUUGGCUACCUCAACGGCACCAAGAUCCUCCCCAACCAGGGCGGCAACUUUGGCUACCCCAAGUGCUUCGCCGUGUGGGACGUGUCUGAGAUUCCCGACAACGAUUACAACCUCAAGAUCGGCUCGCAAUUCGCCAUCACCGAGGAGGAAAACGCCAAAACCGUCUCGGGCAAUCAAUUGACAGACGAAACCUGCGCCUCCGACUACGUGAGUCCCCGCCUCACGUUUCCGGCCCACUACGCCCCCAUGGACAUCAAGUUCGCUCCCAAGGGGGACGUCGCCUACGUCACGUUCAGGGGCUCCUUUGACAAGACGGAUCCCGUCGGGUACCGGCUGUCCGCCAUCUCGUUUGACUCUGUCACUGGCGAACCGACCGUCUCAGCGGAAAACAGCCGCGACGCUUUGCAGCAGCAUGUCAUGAUGAAUAAAGACAAUUCGGUUUGUCCGGAUGAGUGCUUCCGACCGGUGGGCAUGGCGUUGGAUUCUAGCGAGAGGCUGUGGAUGACGAGUGAUAGUACGGGCGAGAUUUAUGUUUUGAUGAAAAGGAAGACGGAGGAGGAGAACCCGACGACGACGACGACGGAGAAUGGGACGAUUGUUACGGGGACUGGGACUGGGUCGGGAAGCGAGAGCUCUCCGAGCGCGACGGGGAAGGGCGAGGAUGAUGAUGAUGAUGAGAAUGCGGCGGGUAGGCUGUUGGGUGGUGGUGGUGGGUGGGAGACGAGGGCGUUGAUGUGGGCGGGGGUUGUAGGUGUCGCUGGGGCUUUGGCUCUGGUUUAGAGAGGAUGGUGAUGAUGGUCUGAGGAUGAGUUGGAGAAGAGAUGUGUCAGGGUGUGAAUGAGGAGGUGAUGAGUGACUGAGAUGUUACAUGAGAAUAAAGGAUGAUCAAUGUGUUGGGCCACUACCGAAGCUAUGAAGGCCAUAUUAAGAGACUACGAUAUUAAUCAUCAGAUUCACUACUGAAGUUGC